AUGGCCAGCGGGGCGUUUCCUUCACCUAUCCUUAAUAUGGACUCACAAGCCAUCAGUUUGCCCGAGCUCCCGGCAGACGGGAAACCGGACGCGCCGUUUGAUGAAUCCGAGCUCGGUUCUGUGGAAGAACAGAAACACGUUGUCCUGCACUUGCUUUCUCAGCUCAAACUGGGCAUGGAUUUGACCAAGGUAUGUGAAAUUCAUGUUUCCAUUGCAGAUUGUCCUACUUUUGAUCUGGUCAAUUAUGCCGGAAAGCAGCAUUACUACUACAUGACCCUGAUUGUGCUGCCGACUUUUAUCCUAGAGAAACGAUCCUUACUGGAAAUGUUCGCCGACUAUAUGGCUCAUCCGGAUCUAUAUCUGCGUAUCACUCUAGCUCCGGAUCCGGAGUCUCGAAUGAUCGCGUUUGUCCAGUGGUAUGUAACAACGUUUCAUGCGGGGCGCAAGGUAAGAUUUCACGUUCGCAUUUUCAUCAUGUUUUGCGUACGUGCAUUACUAUCUGAUUGA